CAAGUUUGCAGUUCUGAAUUGAUCGGGGCUGCAUGAGCCUUGGGGCACUCCACUGCGUGCUGCAGGCACGGUGGCGGAUCCACGUGAUACAUAUAUGUGGUAGCCGCAUGCGUACGUGUCGUAGCCGCAUGGGAUAAUGUCGUGCAGCACAAUAAGCGUCAUGCCGAAUUGCAUUCAUUAUGGUUUGACUCUCCGCUUUCCUGAAUCAACAUUGCCCUUCUGAAUUGCAUCGACUGGCAAUGUUGAUGGCGCAGGUCUUUGCCGAUACUGGACAGCGAGAAUUAAAGUCGAGUGAAAUUGACUCUACAGCAGCGAUCAGAGAUUAUGGUAACGCGCGGCAGUGGGUUGCAGCACUGAACGUGUUCAGAGGUGUGUCGAAAGCACGUAUGACAGUCAGCACGUACAACUCUGCAGUCAGCGCAUGUGGGAAAGGAAUUCAGUGGCAACUGUCAAUGUUGAUUUUCACCGAACUAUGGCAGGCGAAACUCGAACACACAAUUGUCAGCUACAACGCUGCAACAAGCGCAUGUGAGAAGAGCGGUCGGUGGCAACAGGCGUUGACGUUGUUCCGGCAGCUAUGGCACGUCAAAUUGGAGCCAACAGUCGUUAGCUAUGGGGCUGCGAUAAGCGCAUGUGAGAAAGUCGGGCAGUGGCAGCUUGCCGUGUCAUUGCUCAGGGAGCAGCUUCAAGCGAGUUUGGAGUUGGACAUCGUCAGUUAUAGUGCUGCAGUGAGUGCAUGCGACAAGGGUGAGCGGUGGCAGUUGGCGUUGUCAAUGUGGAGAGAGCUCGGGGACGCAACAUUGGAGCAUAAUGUCAUCAGCUAUGGUGCUGCAAUCAGUGCAUGUCACAAGGCUGGAUGUUGGCAGCAGGCGCUGUCGCUGCUGCGGGAUCUAUGGCAAGUGCAGUUGGCGGCAGGAAUAACCUGCUAUAAUGCUGCGAUCAGCGCAUGCGGGAAGGGCGGACACUGGCAACAUGGAUUGGCGUUGCUCAGGGAAUCAUGGCAACAGAAGCUGAAGCCGACAAUAGUUAGCUACAGUGCUGCCAUCAGCGCAUGCGAGAAAGGCGGUCGCUGGCAGCAGGCUCUGUUGUUGCUCAGGGAGUUGCGGCGCGUCAAGUUGGAGCCCAACACCCGUCUCAGCUAUAACGCAGCAUCCAGCGCAUGCGAGAAAGGAGGACAGUGGAAGCCAGCGCUUUCUUUACUCAGAGAGUUGUGCCGAUCACGGCUGGAGCCAACAGUUGUUAGCUACAGUGCUACGAUCAGCGCUUGUGAGCAAGGGGAACAGUGGCGGCAUGCACUGUGUUUACUCAGAGAGAUUUCGCAGGUGAAGUUGGAGCAGACAGACAACAGCUACGGUGCUACAAUUUGCGUUUGCGAGAAAAGUGGCCAGUGGCAACAUGCACUGUCGCUACUGCGAGAAAUGCGGGGAACCAAGCUGGAAGCAGGAACCUUUAGCUACAAUGCGGCAAUCAGCGCGUGCGGCAAAAGAGGGGAGUGGCAGCGCGCGCUGUUAUUGCUCAGAGAAUUGCGGCACAUGCAAAAUGAGUUGUCUAUCAUUGGGUACAGCUCUGCAAUCAGCGCGUACGAGAAAGAUGGUGGUUCGCAGUGGCCACAAGCGCUGCUGCUGCUGAUCGAAUCACGGAAAUCAAAUCUGCAGCCGAACGCUGUAAGUUACACAGCUGCUAUAUCUGUAUGCGCGCGGGCAUGGUAGGAGGCGUCAUCGUGGAUUGGCAGUGGACGCCUGAUGAAUUUGAUGCCAGGCACGUCUUGCUCUCACAAACAGCCCACGAACGACCGCUGCACAAUGUGUAGCGAUCGUGGGAAUUGAUUCCAGGCGGAAGCUCGACAUCAACGACUGUCGCUACCGGCCCUUGAGGGAGAGAUGGGCGGUGGCAUUCGGUGUCCUUAUUCGGAGAAGUGCAACGGUUGAGGUGAUUCAGGAAUCGGUGAAGUGUGCAUAGUACAGUGUCAACUACUAUCCAGCUGCCUGUGGCAAACCCCAACUCUGCCAUCGCAGCGGUACAGCACGGAGGAACGAAUUUGAGAUUAAGUCCCGCUCCAAUUCAGCGUCCUGUCAGCAAGCGCGGGCUGAAGCGCCUCCUCGUCCUCGGCAUCGUUCUCCUCCCCCCCUUCCUCCGUCUUGGAGAACUCCUGGGGGCCCUCCGUCUCUUGCCCCCCCGCCGCCCCCCCAGUUCGCAGCGCCAGAGGGAGGGUGGUCACGAGGCGGCCGCCGCGCGGGUCCGAGCCUCGGGGGCCCUGCUAGACCGCCGGCACCCGUCUUGGCACCCCACCAUCGCGCAAGAGCGGCGGCGGAUGCCCCGCAUCAAGUUCACGGAGUGCCGUGUUCCAGCAGCUUGCAGGCGCAGGGUCGUGCAGUUGAGCAUAUUGCGCCAGCGCGCAGCGUGUUGUUUUAUGUUUCAGGGCUGCUUGCCAGCUGGCCAGUGGGGAGUAAGUGCCUCAUGCGGUGGUGCAUUUGGGAUUGAGAGGCACACCUCGGAUGCUCCCUGACUCUGGCGGCAGCUGCCCGCCCUCGCCCUCGGCCCUGCCAGCGCCACCUGCUGCACGGAAAAGCACGGGCAGAGCGAGGGAGGGAGGAAGCUUGCGCCAGUCUUGCCGAGCGCGCGCGCCACCGGGAACGGGACACCGCGCGUGCGGUGGCGCGUGCGUGCUCGUGGCCG